UGCUGGGCACUGAAUUUGUUUGAGCAGAAUCAUAUCCCAGCAACCAGGUUCUUGUCAAUGCGAAAUGACUCCGUUGAAACAAGAAAGCUGAGACGUUUGACAACUUGGCAGGAAGGAUUGGCCACCACCUUCUCUGCCCUUUUGAGAUGGGGUUACAAAAGUGUGGCGGCUGCCUCAGUUGCCUGUUAAUCCCCCUAGCACUUUGGAGCAUUGUUAUAAAUAUACUGCUCUAUUUCCCUGAUGGGAAAGCUCUGUAUGCUUCCAGCAACAAUCUCACCAACUAUGUGUGGUAUUUUGAAGGAAUCUGUUUCUCUGGUGUUAUGAUGCUUAUGCUGGCAGCACUUUUAAUAUUCCUGGACCGAGACACCUUCCAAAAAUGCUGCCCAAGUGAAAGCUGCACCAGGACCUACAGGCGUUUCAUUUCAGUUGUGCUUGCCCUGCUAGGCAUCGCGUUCUCUGGAUACAGCCUGAUCAUAUCUACUUUGGGUUUAGUGCAGGGCCCAUACUGCAGAACUUCGGCUGGCUGGGAGUAUGCCUUCAAAAACACUGCAGGCCGCUACCUCACGGAUCACGCCUCCUGGUCUGAAUGCUCCGAACCUGCCCAUGUAGUGGAGUGGAACAUCAUUUUGUUUUCUAUUCUGAUAGCUCUUAGCGGCCUCCAAAUGUUGAUCUGCUUUCUGAAAGUGAUUGCGGAGCUAAAGAGGAUACUUUGUGGGACCUAUUCUGUCUUUGUCCAGCCUACACUGAUCUAACAUUCAUGA